AUGGCUGAUCCAGACCUCCCGAUACUGUCUCGUACUGAGACGUCAAGAUUCUCAGUCCUCGUCUACAGCCGCACAAACGGCUAUCGUCACGACUCUAUUCCAGCCGGCAUCAGCGCUUUAAAGGACCUAGCCACGGCGUCCCAUGAUUCGCCUGUGCCGUUCAACGUGGACGCAACCGAGGAUGCCAUCGUAUUCAAUCCUGCUACGCUGGCUCAAUACCAUGUCAUUGUUUUCCUGCAGGCUUCCGGGGAGUUCUUCGACAAUGAGCUGCAGUUAGAUGCAUUAAAGCAAUUUGUGCGGAACGGGGGCGGAAUCGUGGGGGUGCAUUGUGCGUCAACUGGACUUCCGUCAAGUGAGUGGUACGGACGUCUCAUUGGGGGUGUUUUCACAGAUCAUCCUGAGCCGCAGAAUGGAAAAGUUGUUGUGGAAGACCCAGGGCAUCCUAUCCUAUUGCGUGGUGCGGAUUCUCGGGAGAAGGCCACAGGACAGCCACCUCGUGGGCCUUCGCUGGAAUUUGACUGGCACGACGAAUGGUACAACUUCGCGACAAAUCCGAGGUCGCAAGACGGGGUACAUGUGCUCUUGACGCUAAAAGAAAAGAGCUACACGGGUGGUGCUAUGGGAGCGGACCAUCCCAUCGCCUGGUGUCAUGAAUUUGAAGGUGGAAGGGUAUUCUACACUGCAUUGGGCCACUUUGAUGAAGCAUACGAAGACAUCUCAUUCAUUGGCCAACUACACAGUGGGAUCAUCUGGGCAGCCGGGUUGUAA